UUCAACUCUCCAACACGAACAUGUCCUUCGAGGAUGCGGUGAGACCAUCCCAUCCCUCUCGCUAUAAUGACGAAGAUACGAGCCCGACGACCCCACGUGAGCUGAAGGGCUGGUAUUCCUAUGCGAUCGCGGCUGAGGUGUUUGCUGUAGUCGGAGUUGGCCUCUUCCUUCCCGUUCUCCUUGAACAGCUUCCACGAGAAAGAGGUGUUCUGUUCUCGGACAGAUCGAAGCCAUGCGUGGGCCCACCCGGAUCCGGAGAUGCCGGCAAGUUUCGAGCCAGAGCAGGUGACGCCGAUAGAGAAGACCAAUGCAUCGUGAGAUUUCUAGGCAGCGAUGUUACGACUACUUCAUUUGCUAUGUAUACGACAUCUGCAGCUGUGCUUUUCCAAGCGAUUACACUGAUUUGUUUCAGCUCAUUCGCCGAUUAUGGUCCGUAUCGCAAAAAGCUGCUUGUGACUUUUGCAUACACUGGUGCAACCGUUUGCUCGUUGUUUGUCUUCAUCACAUCGAGCGUCUACUUUUUGGCACCGUUUCUAGUCGUCAUUGGCGUCACUUGUCUGGGAAGCAGUUUCAGUCUUCUCAACGCCUUCCUACCCCUUCUUGUAUCCAAUCAUCCAUCGCACGCCAAACCGGGUCCCUCCGACGACCCUCCAGCAUAUGAGCUCGAAGGACUCAAUCGGCGGGACCCUUCAAACUCAACAUACCGUUUCCAUCCAGAUAAGCUCAGCGAGGACCUCGACCGAUCAUCCAAAAUCUCCUCCAAAGGUGUCGGUCUCGGCUACGCCUCUGCCGUAGGCUUCCAACUUUUUAGCGUCGGCGUUAUAAUCGCUUUCGACAAACUCGGCCUUUCGAAAGGCAAUCCUACGCUUCCCAUGCGCGUAAUUCUGCUCCUAGUUGGUAUAUGGUGGGCGCUUUUUACCAUCCCUACACUCCUCUGGCUACGACCACGGUUCGGUCCACCGCUCCCUACGCAGUCUCAGAACGGCAAUCCGUCUGCGCGCAGAAACAGCUCCGUCCUAUUCUACCUCGCCUUUUCCAUCCGCUCGUUCUGGGACACUCUGAAGCGCGCCUCCCGCCUCCGCCAGACUCUAAUAUUCCUCGCAGCAUGGUUUCUCCUCUCUGACGCCGUCGCCACCAUCUCCGGUACCGCAAUCCUUUUUGCGCGCACCGAGCUCCACAUGGGCACCAUUCCGCUCGUGUUCCUCUCCCUGACCUCCAUCGGUUUCAGCAUGGUUGGCGCAUUCUCGUGGCCUCGCGUCGCCGCGCGAUACUCACUCUCUCCGAAAAUCGUGUUGAUAGCGUGUAUCGUAGGCAUGGAGAUCAUCCCACUGUACGGUCUCCUGGGCUACAUUCCCAUCCUCAAGCGCCUCGGCGUAGGCGGGAUACAAAAGCCGUUCGAAAUUUAUCUUGUUGGCAUCAUACACGGGCUCGUCAUGGGCGGUAUCUCCUCAUAUGCUCGCAGCGUCUAUGCACCGCUUAUCCCCGAGGGCAGCGAAGCGGCGUUCUUCGCGCUAUAUGCGGUCACGGAUAAGGGCAGCAGUGCGGUGGGGCCGGCGCUCGUGGGGUGGAUCGUCAAUCGGGCUGGGACAAUCAGACCGGCUUUCAUAUUCCUCGCUGUGCUGGUGAUGCUACCCGGCCCGCUGCUUUGGUGGCUGGAUGCUGAGAAAGGCAGGGAAGACGCGAGUAGACUGGCAGGAGAACACGGGAGUGGGGCUGCAGGAGGAUAUGCGAGAGUUGGUGAGGAUGACAGGGAGGACUAAUUGGUCCCGGGCAGAGGACUCGGCCCUUUAUGAACAACGACCACACUCAGAUACCCUAACAACGCUAGAACGUACCAUACAUUAACGAAAAUUCAUUCACCCGAAGUACCACAGGC